CCUGCUGCUGCUGCUGCUUCUCCUUCUCCUCCUGGUUCCUGUCCUGCGUCGUCGUGAUGCGGUGGCUGCCGGCGCCGCGCUGGGCCGGCCGCUUCGCGCGGGUGGCGGUGGCCGUGACGGCGGCGGCGGUGCUGCUGGUCGGGGCACUGCGCUGCUGGGUCUCCCUCUCGGCCUCGUCCCGCCGCUUCGAGUUCGACCCCGAGGAGAUAGCGCGCCUCGCCAAGCACCACGCAGGCCUGGACCACGAGUUGGCUUUUUCCAAGAUCAUUGUGGAAUUGCGCAAGAAGCAUCCAGGACACAUCCUGCCAGAUGAGGACUUGCAGUGGGUGUUUGUCAAUGCCGGUGGCUGGAUGGGUUCCAUGUGCCUGCUCCAUGCAUCCUUCUCCGAGUACGUUCUGCUCUUUGGCACAGCCGUCGACGCUGGGGGACACUCAGGUCGAUACUGGGCCGAUAUCCACGAUACCAUCAUCUCGGGGACCUUCCGGCAGUGGAAAGAAGGAACAACCAAAAGCGAGAUCUACUACCCAGGAGAUACCAUCAUCCACCGGUCUGGAGAGGCCACAUCAGUGCAGUGGAGUGCCGGCACAUGGAUGGUGGAGUACGGCCGCGGUUUCAUCCCUUCGACGCUCCCCUUUGCCCUUGCUGACACAAUCUUCAGCACUCAGGACUUCCUCACCCUCUUCUACACUGUGCGUGUUUAUGUCAAGGGGCUGCUCCUGGAGCUCAAUGCCUACUUCAGCGACUCAGGCCAGUGAGCGCUCACUGCUCCUUGGCUCCAAAUCAGUCAUCAUCCCCUUUGAAAUGGAAGGUUCUCCUCCCUCCCUGCCUCCCCUUGGUUAUGCCGUGUACUAGAGAGCAGUGGUGUAGCUCGUGUGCUCAGAAAUACCCACACAAUACUGGGAGCAUCGUAUGUGUUUCAGCAGGCAUAGAGAGGGAUCUACCAGCAGUAAUAAGAGGGAAUCCUGUCUUUCUAGCUUUCAAUACCUGAAUGCUUCCUUCAUGUAUUUCUGUACGUCUGCUGUGCUCUGCAAUGUGAUUUAAUGGAUGCUUUAAUGGAAAAUUUUAAUGGAAAUGUGGACAGCCAACAUUCAGGGUGUCUUUGGCCAUGCAUAGACAAGAGAGAGGCCGUUGCAUUACAUUCUGGAUGCAACCUACUGAGCUCGAGUCAGUGCAUGACUUUUGCUUUUCUUUUAUUCUUUUUUUUUGGGGGGGGUGCUUGAAACAUAUACACACAUACCACCCUCUCUAGAAAUGAAUGGUGUUGGAGCAGCAGCAGUACAAUGAGAGUCUCUGAGCUCCCGCAGUAUAUUUGCACUACUGUUUAACGCAGACAAAAAAAUACUUCCUGCUAAAUUUUGAUCCUCUCCUACCCCCCCCCCCUUGAUUCAAUGUGGACAUUUUCCUGUUCCUCUGCCGGUAGGUGUGAUUGGUUCUUUGGGGUCUGUUGUGUGGGGCACUUGGCUCUUGGUCUGUGUUUGUAACAUGACUUUUCCUGUAUGUCUUAAUCCCCACGGGGCCAAUGUCUGGGAGGGAGCUGCCUUCCACCCUUCCAUCCUCAAAAUGGGUUGCACGUUCUCAAGAGGACCUCAUCCAGUUUUAUCCUGUAAUACUAAUACGGAGAGCCGCUGUCCAUCGCCUUAACUUAGAGCCUUACUCUGGUGGCCUCUUCAGCUAUGCACGCAUGUGUAGAUAUAUAGAUAUAUAUUUGUAUACCUCUUAGUUUUGAUGUCUGUGGCAGGAUGCCAUAUGGCCACUGUUCCCAGGGAUGGUUUUUUAUUCAACCCUGGGGUAAGAAUCUUGGUUGGAGCCUGCUUGGGCCAGACACUGCCCUUAUUUCUUUUUUUCUUCCACAGUUCCUAAUUGGGCUUGAACCCAAUUUGGCUCAAAAUUCAACUGGGUUGGGGGAGGGCCAAGCCCAGGGAUAAUUUCAUGGGGGUAGCAAAACUGGGUGAAAAGUUUGCUUGGGCUUCCUGGUGGGUAGCCAUAGUGGUGGGGUCAUGGUUUCUUUAACAAAGACUGAACUCUUCUUGGCCACCACCAAAUGUCAGUUGCCACCCCACCCCCACCCUGGUAUAGCAUAGUUCCAGGAUAUUUGGAUGGUUUGGGGGGGGGGGAGAGAACUGGAAUCCCCAAGAACAUGUAUUGUUCAGUUUUACUGCACCCACUGCAAACUGCCUGCCUUUAAGUAGCUUGCAGAUGGGACUAUGAAAUGGGGCGGGGUUGCCCAAGCUGUAGUUCCAAAGGUUUUGAUCGAUCAUGUAUCUCUGCCCUAGCCACUUCCUCUUAGCACCUAAUAACUGUGUUCUUCAGAUAACUGACUCUGCAGAAGAAACCUUCCUUUCCCCUGCAAAUGGAAUCUUAUUUGGUGGCAGGGCUACCCCAAAAAGUCAAGGAUUGCAGAAGCUGUGCUUGCCAGCCCUCAGACCUUGUUUCCACCUCUGUCAUUCCAAACCACUGUUUUUUCUUUCCAAUCUUUUCUCUUGAAACGCUGUUGUAACUGGGCAGGAUGUUUUUCUUCCACUCCUAUCUAUCAUUUACCCCCAGUUCCUUUGCUUUUCUUCCUGGGGAUUCCAUAUAGUUCCCACUGUUCUUUUGACUUGGGUCGUGUUUGCAGCAGUUCCUGUUCAAGAGGGAAGGAGAGAGCUCAGCUGGAGUGCUGGCAUUCCCCACAGUUGCUGACAACCUUCCUGGGCUUUCUCCCCACCCACGACAACACAGCACUUGCAUGGGGAGGCAGCAGAGCAGACUGCAUGAUCCAAGCCGGUCUUGCAAUUUAUUCCUUCUGGCUGUUUUGGUGGCAAGUGACAAGUGCAGGUAAAAUGCCCAACCCCCUCCUACAAGAAGCAGCUGCGUAGGUGUGCCUUUAGAAGGGUCACCCCAGGUGCUCAAUUAUGUGUACUUGGUAUGCUUUUGUCUAAAAACCCUGGAGCCAGGUGCUAGCUUACCUAAUGGUCCCAGCUGAUUAGCAAGCCUUAGAACCUGAAAGGGAAGCUAGUUCCCCUUCUUUAAUCCACCCACCCCAACUUCCCCCGGGACUGAACACUUCUUUAUUUGAAUGAAGAUGCAGUGAUGGUUGCAGGCAGCUGACCUUUUUGCAAGCUUCCUCUGCCCCAGCUUCUGCUAGCUCUUGUCAGAGGAGUCCCAGGGGCUAGCAUUAGCAGCGGCUGAGAAUCUGGUGCAUUUGCAGUACGGUAUCCUUGUCACCAUCAGCCAAACAUGUAGCAUGUGUCUGGUUACUGUCUCAGUUACUGCAACUGUGCCUCCGUGCACAGCCAACCUGGGUGUUUUGUUUGCCAGCCAGUGUUUGAGAAUAAAUUGGUGUGUAUGAUUGUUAUACUUUGACAAAAAGAUAAUAUAAUGUACCAUGAUUAAACUUGCUGUUGUGUGUCUGCUUUUGUUAUUGAUUGUUGAAAACAGUGGCAAAAUGAAUAUUUGCUUCAUAUUGAAACAAAAUUUAAAAAU